AGCCUCGCCUUGUUGUCGGGGUGAAUCUUUAGUAAAUGUUUUUGUUUUGGCGACGGUCUCUGUUAAAAUCCCAGCAUGUCGAACGUGUCCUACCACAUCUCCAACUUGUUGGAGAAAAUGACAUCAACUGACAAAGACUUCAGGUUCAUGGCCACCAACGACCUGAUGCUGGAGCUGCAGAAGGACAGCAUUAAGCUGGACGAGGACAGCGAGAGGAAAGUGGUGGACAUGCUGCUCAGACUGCUGGAGGACAAGAACGGAGAGGUGCAGAACCUGGCUGUGAAAUGUCUGGCUCCUCUGGUGGGUAAGGUGAAGGAGCCUCAGGUGGAGGCCAUGGUGGACAUCCUGUGUGCAAACAUGACGUCAGACAAGGAGCAGCUGAGGGACAUUUCCAGCAUGGGGCUGAAGGCUGUGAUCGCAGAGCUGCCGCUGUCCUCCUCAGGUUUGGGUCUGACGGUCGGUGUGUGCAGGAGGAUCACGUCGCAGCUGAUUGGAGCUCUGAGCAAACAAGAAGACGCGUCCGUUCAGUUGGAGGCCCUGGACAUCCUGUCGGACAUGUUGGGAAGGUUGAGCGGCGCUCUGGUCAGUUUUCACGGCUCGCUGCUCUCCAGUCUGCUGCCUCAGCUAACCAGCUCCAGGAUGGCGGUCAGGAAGCGCUCCAUCUUGGCCCUGGGUCACCUGGUGCCCUGCUGUAGCCCCGCCCUCUUCUCCCAGCUGACUGAGCACCUGGUGAGCGAGCUGGCUAAGAACCCGCAGACCUCAAUGACGAGGACGUACAUCCAGUGCCUGGCGACCGUCAGCCGGCAGGGCGGCCAUCGAGUCGGUGAACACUUAGAGAGGCUCACCCCUCUGGUGGUGAAGUUCACUGGCGUUGAAGACGACGAGUUGAGAGAAUAUUGUUUCCAGGCCUUGGAAGCUUUUAUACGAAGGUGUCCAAAGGAGAUGUCGCCUCACGUUGCCACGGUGACUCAGCUCUGUCUGAAGUUCAUGACCUUUGACCCAAACUACAACGAUGACGACAGCGAGGAGGACGAGGAGGACAGCAUGGACGUAGAGGACGGACUUGACGAAGAAUCAGACGACGAGUACAGCGACGACGACGACAUGAGCUGGAAGGUUCGCCGUUCUGCAGUCAAGUGUCUGGAGGCGCUGAUCGCCAUGCGCCGGGACCUCCUGCUCUCCUUCUACUCCUCUGUCUGCCCCGCCCUGCUGGCCCGCUUCAAGGAGCGCGAGGAGAACGUGAGGGCCGACGUGUUCGCUGCCUUCUCAACGCUGCUGAGGCAAACCCGCGUGGACUUGAGUCACCACGGCCUCGUCACGGCCGCUUCAGACCCGAGCCGUCGGGAGGAGGAACCGGCGGUCGCUCAGCUGAAGAAACAGGUUCCGGUGAUCGUUAAAGCUCUGCACAGACUGCUGAAGGAGAAGAGCUUCAAGUCUCGACAGGGAUGCUUCUGUCUCCUCACAGAGCUGGCUCACACGGUUCCUGGAUCCCUGGAGGAGCACAUACCUGCACUAAUACCUGGCAUCAUCUUCUCCCUGACAGACAAGUUCACCUCCUCCACCAUGAGGAUCGAUGCUCUCUCCUUCCUCAACGUCCUCCUCCUCUCCCUCCCUCCGCAGGCCUUUCAGACACACGUGCAGGUUCUGCUGCCCGUGGUCUUGUCGUGUGUCGAGGACACUUUCUAUAAGAUCACCUCGGAGGCCCUGCUGGUCACUCAGCAGCUCAUCAAAGUCAUGAGACCACAGGGACAGACGGACACUUCUGGAGGAUUUGACCCCAAACCGUUCGUCAAAGAGGUGUUUUCAGUCACAAUGAAAAGGCUCAAAGCUGCAGACAUCGACCAGGAAGUGAAGGAAAGAGCCAUUUCCUGUAUGGGCCACAUGGUGUGCCACCUUGGGGACCACCUGGGCGCAGAGCUUCAUGGAGUCUUGACGAUCUUUUUGGAGAGAUUAAAGAAUGAGAUAACCAGACUGACGGCAGUUAGAACCAUCACUUUGAUUUCUGCUUCCCCGUUAAAGAUAGACCUGUCACCCAUCCUCCCGGAGGCCCUGUCUGUUUUGGGGUCUUUCUUGAGGAAGAACCAGCGAGCUCUGAAGCUCGGCACGUUGGCGUGUCUCACAGCUCUGGUCAUUCAUCACGCUGCCAGAAUCAAACCUGCAGCUCUGGAGCCGGUGCUGAAUGAGAUUCCCCCUCUGGUGGAUGAGAGUGACAUGCACGUAUCACAGGUGUCCAUCACUUUGCUGACGGUCAUGGCCAAAGCCUUCUCCUCCUCUCUGGCCAAGAUCAGCUCAUCUGUGCUGCCAGGAGUCUUCAGACUCAUCCACUCCCCUCUGCUGCAGGGUGGCGCUCUGGGAGCCAUUCUGGACUUCCUUCAGGCCCUGGUUCUGUCCAAAGCCACUAACCUGGGCUACAGUCAGUUGCUGAAGUCUCUCAUGGAGCCUUUUCAAAGCGUGAAGUCGUCUGCAGACAGCAGCGUCCUGCACAGACAGUCCUACCACUCCGUCGCUCGCUGUGUGGCCGCUCUGUCCUCAGCUUCGCCCAGAGACACGCCGAGCACCGUCAGUGCGCUCAUACAGCAGAUAAAGAAUCCUGGAUCUCCAGAGUCGGCCCGAGUCCUGGCUCUGCUGUGUCUGGGGGAGGUGGGGAGGAGCGGCAGUCUGGGAGGGAGCAAGGAGGUGCAAGGAGUCAUCCUGGAGGCCUUUUCCUCCACCAGCGAGGAGAUAAAGACGGCAGCCUCGUGCGCGUUAGGCGGCGUGGCAGUCGGUAGUCUGAACGAGUACCUGCCCUUCGUCCUGAAGGAGGUUUUAGCUCAGCCUCGAAGACAAUACCUGCUGCUGCACUCGCUCAAAGACGUCAUCAGCUCCUCUCCAGCCUCCAGCCUCUCCCCUCUCGUAGAGUCCAUCUGGGCUCUGCUGGUCCAGCUCUGUGAGUGUUCGGAGGAGGGAACCAGGAACCUGGUGGCUGAAUGUUUGGGAAAACUGACGUUAGUCACCCCAGCACAACUUCUGCCCAGACUAAGACAACAACUUAAAUCUGGUUCUCCUCUGGCUCGCAGCACGGUGGUGACGGCCAUAAAGUUUACUAUCGUUGACCAUCCAGCUCCCAUAGACUCUCUGCUGAAGGACUGCAUCGGUGACUUCCUGAAGACUCUGCAUGAUGGUGACAUCAACGUGCGUCGUGUCGCCUUGGUCAUGUUCAACUCUGCGGCCCAUAAUAAACCAUCUCUGAUCCGGGGACUUCUGGGAACAGUUCUGCCUCACCUUUACAAGGAAACUCGGAUCAGGAAGGACCUGAUCAGAGAAGUGGAGAUGGGGCCGUUCAAACACUCUGUGGACGACGGCUUGGACGUGCGGAAAGCUGCGUUUGAGUGCAUGUACACUCUGCUGGACAGCUGCCUGGAGGGGCUGGAUGUCCUGCAGUUUCUGGAUCACGUAGAGGAAGGACUCAAGGACCACUAUGAUAUCAGGAUGCUGACCUUCUUGAUGUUGGCCAGACUGGUCUCUUUAAGUCCUGCUGCUGUUCUGCAAAGACUGGACAGACUGGUGGAGCCUCUUAAAGCCACCUGCACCACCAAAGUGAAGGCUGGCUCUGUGAAGCAGGAGUUUGAGAAGCAGGAGGAGCUGCGGCGCUCUGCCAUGCGCGCUGUCGCCGCCCUGCUGGCGGUGCCGGAAGUGGAGAGGAGCCCCAGCAUGGCCGAAUUCGCCAACCAGAUCCGAUCCAACGCUGACAUGGCGUCCAUCUUCCAGAGUGUCCAGGGAGGGGACGGAGGGGGCUUAGGACCCACAGAGAGCAUGGAUAUGAGCUAG